GAAUUGGGCUUUGCAGCGCUGCGAGCCAUGCUUUUCGAAGUGACUUUGCAGGCCCACGGCACGCACAAGACCUUCCACUUUGUGUGUAGCAUGAGCCGACGUGCUUCAGAUCGCUUUGUGUACCUCCUCAACCACUUCCUGGAAAGCCAGCAAGCAUGUUGUGAAGCCAAAGGCGAUAAACUGUUUGAGAUACCGGAAGCCUUGAGGGCCCAGCUCUGUCCCAUGUUCCACAAGGUGGCGUGGUGGCGGAUAGAUGAGCUAAUCAAGACGUCUGAGUCUGACUUUGUCAACGAAUAUCAGCGAACACAGCUGUUGGCCCACGGACGUUCCUCACGUGUUUCGGAAAACGCACACAUGGACAUGCUCCGACGCCUGCAGAAGUUCACUGCAGAUCAAGUCUUCCAACAGUGCAUUGUGAGGGAGACGGCGCUGCUCUCUGUGCCCCGGGAGAAGUGGGAUGAUGUGAGCUGUGGAGAGCUUGAGCCUUUACUCGCAGGUUUUCCAGAUCUGGGUUUGCUGUCGUUCAACAUGAACAUCUUGCCCUUUGGCGUGGCUUCCAUGCGUGGCCACGAGAGCCUGCACAGCAGCGCUCGGUUGCAGACCUUUUUGCAGAGGAUCCGAGCAGAGGUGGAAGCCGAGACUUUCGGAGUUCCCAAGGCAGAACGCAGCCGUGCCCCUGACAUCAUCGCAGUGCAAGAGCUGUUUGCCUCACCCUUCGUGCCGUUUUGCUGUGCUCAGUCCUUUGCUGUUCGCAUCAUGGCAUCUUUGGGAUACAAUGCGGUGAUUGGACCCAAUCCAACUAUCCUGGAUCUGGUCAGGAGGGGAAAAUGGACAGAUAGUGGCUUGGUUAUUUUUAGUCGCUUGCCUGUGGUAGAGACGCGAUCGAUCCGCUUUGAAUCCGGGGCUGCUCUGGAUGCCGGGGCUUGCAAAGGUGCAAUGUGGGCGAGGUUUGAGCUUGCAUCUGGAAGAUAUCUUGAUGUGUUCAACUGCCACUUGCAAGCUUCCCACACCGGUGCAGACGGGGAAGUCUUCGAACGAAUUCGAAGAUCCCAAAUCAAGGAGCUUCGGGAGUUUAUCGAACUGGCAGGUACGGAGCAUCCCUAUCUUCUGACAGGUGAUUUCAACGUGGAUGCGAUCCCUGAGCCAUCGGAUCCUAUGGGAACCUAUGGCAUUCCAUUUCGACCUCCACGGCAGGAAUCUGAGGACUAUCAGCGCCUGGUUGCGGCCUUGGAUCCCAAGGGCCGUUUGGUGGACCUGCUGUGCGGUCCCACCUUGACAGACCCCCUGGGGACUGAAGCGGUCGGGAAGCGACAUCCCUGCACCCGACCACCUCGCUUGAGGAUGCCAUCUUCAGCAGGAUAUGUGGCGCGGCACAAGUAUCCGCAACGCUUGGACUAUGUCUUUUACCGGCCCACCGUGUCAUCCCUGAUCGAACAUGAACAGUCGCGAGUGGAGCCCUUCGAAGUGGUAGAUCAACCCUUUGAAUAUUUGAGCGAUCACUUUGGCAUCAGAGCUUCCUUUCGCUUCCGAUGCUCAUUUGCUUGGGCUCGACAGGACAAGAGUUCCGUCCAACGCUUGCCCAGAUGGAGACGAGUCCUGGCCGCCCUGUCCAACCAUCGCUUGGAGGUUUCACUGCUCAUGAUUUCGGUCCCCAUGUUGUGGCAGACCUGGCGAAGCGCCAUUUUGGAACGCCUCGGGAUUUCAAGGCCGCCCUGGCCGCCCUGGGCACUGAGGUGGAUCUGUGGUGGCAUACUAGGUGCAAUGUUACCUGGCCUCAUGCUGCGGAGACGUUGGCAGUUCGAGGAGUCGCCACCCUUGGAGCGCACCGUAUCGGUGACUGCUGAACUGGCGAGUUCGGCCUUUCGGAAGCGCUUGAAAGCCCAAUCUGAGAGGCCAGCCAAGACCAUUGCAUCCAGCCCCUACGACAGCUUCAAUGGCUCCGUGGAAUCCUAUCGCCUGCGGCCUUGCAUUGGUCGGCGAAGUGUGAAUUCCGAUGGGACCUUAGGAUCCUACACUUGGAUGAGCUAUGGUGAUGCUCAGUUUGAGGUCCUGCGGAUCUCCUCCGGCUUACACAGGAAGUUUGGCCUGGCCAGGAGUUCACAUGUUGGUCUAUUGGGGGAUGCCUCUGCAGAAUGGCUGCUGUGUGACUUAGCCUGCAUGCGCUUGGGCGUGAACACCGUGUGUCUUGCUGCCCCUGCCACCCAUCCGACCACUGGAACCACUGCUCCAGUGCCAGGCAGCAUCCACGACUUGGAGGUCCUCCUUUGCUCCUCGGAUUGGGUGGAGUACUUUGUGCUGACCACACGUCGCGCAGAGGAGCUUCCCCGGUGUCCCAUCGUGACCUUCACAGCCUUGACGCCACGGAUUGCUGCCUUGGCCCAACACAAAGGCCUCAAGGUCUGGGACUUGCCUUUCAUUGCGCAUUUUGGUGAAGUCGCUGGAUGGGUGCCCUACAUUGGAGUAGGGGGGUUCGACGUCUUCACCACCAUGUACCGCUCCAGAUCAGGGACCAAGAGUGAACUGGCAGGUGUUUCCGUGAACUUGCGGGGCUUAGCCAUUUGUGCGCAUUCAGUUCGACAGUCCUUGGGCCUGACCAGUGAUGAUCGACACUUCAGCUACAUUUGGCCUGCCUUCACUGCUGAGCGUUUGAUGCUCCAUGCAGUCUUGGCUGCUGGUGGUGCCAUUGGCUUCUUUGGAGGUGUGAGGUCUCCCAGAAUUUUCGAAGACAUUAAGCACUUGCAGCCAACGUUCUUGGCUGGAACUGCUAGUCUCUUUAGGAGACAGAUCAUGCGUUUGCAACUGAAACAUGUGGGGGUCUUGGGCAACUUGAGUUAUCAGCUUCAGAGAUGGGCGCUCAUUAAAUGCAAGGCGGGCACAGAUAAAUCCGAAUCAUUGGAUUUCGAUGAGGAAGCAUCCCUGAUGAAUCGCUUGGCCAAGCUUUUGCUCAGUCAGCCAAUGUGUCGAUGGUUGAACCGCCCCUUUGUGCUACCUCGACAAGUUCUACUGGGUUCAAAGACGCGACUUCGCUUCGUGUUGGCUUUGUGUGGCGCAGGCACCACCGCUCUACCUCCAGAUCGCUGCUUGUGGAUGCGCCUGCUCUUGGGCUGCCCUGUCUUGAAGAGCUUUGUCUCCGUUGAGGCUGGCGGUAUGGUCACCUUGGGUGAAGCUCCCUAUGCAGGGGAGACUUCCCAGGCUUUUGCUGUGGGUCGCGAACUUCCUGGUGUGCAACUCGAGCUUCUGCCUUUGAGACUGCCAGAAGAUGUCAAACCACUUGAAGUUCUGGGCUCGCGGCAGGCUGGCAUUGAGCUUGGGACACUCAGGAUUACAGGCCUUUGCACAGAUGAGGCUCGGAUUGGCAUCAUUGUCGGACGACGCAACCGCGAGCUCUUCGUUUAUGGUCGCCUGGUAUCGCUACAGUUGUCCUGCAAUGCCUGCGGCGCCUUGUGCGAAGCACUCGAGCAGCUUCUUUUGCAGGUCACAGGUCCAUGGCUGAUGCAACUGCUGCUUGUGGCCAAGCCACCGCAUGGUGUGGUUGGCGUCGCAGCAGUGCGGUUGGAUGAGGUUUGGCGGCUGGCAAAGUUCCGGAACAUUGAUGGCCCUUCUAGCGGAGAGGACCUGUGCAGAGAUCGGCGCAUCAUUUUGUUGUGCUUGAGGGAAUUGCAGAAACAUGCCACAAGGUUUGGUUUCUCCGAAGCCGAAAAGCCCAGGGCAUUGCAUUUGCAGGCCACCCCCUUCUCAGUCGAGGCAGGGCUACAAACGCCCACCUUCCAAUUGCGCAGAGAUCAACUUCUUCCCAGAGUGGAUCAUAUCAUUGAGUCGCUCUAUGAUGACUUGGAUUGCUCGCCCCAAUCCAUGUACCAGGAGCCCAUGGUUCAAAGGCGCGGAUUUUUCAGCUUCGCCAAGAAGACGACGUCCUUUCAGACCCUUGAGGGGAUUUGAGAGGCACUUGAGCUUUGAGGUCGUGUGGACAGCACACUUGACUCAGUUGCGUUGGUGCUUCAGGGCCUUUGUCAUGUCGAGCUCGUGAGGCCGUGGCCAACCAGCUACGGUUCUUUUUUUAGCCGAUCUGACAAAGUGAUACAAAGUGAGCAAGUAACAUAAGUAACCAGGGUAGAGCAAUGGCUGAUUUAAGUUCUCGGUUGAUGUUUGUCACUUGAUGUCGACAAGACAUUUGCAGCUGACGAGCCGAGCCGCCUGGGCUUUGCCCAUGUUGAAUUUUCCCAAAGGCUGACAAAGAAAGAGGCCUGAAAUCUGUGUGAAAUGUGUGUGAAAUCAGCUCGCAGCCGCUGCAGCCCAUGGCUGGCGGCUCCUCCAAAGUGAGGCUUGGCAGCUCCAAUGCUUUAAGGAAGACAAA